CUAUCAUGACGCCAUUUAGCGGCAUAAAUGUUCUCAAGAGCUUCUUUAUCUUGAUGGUAUUCACCAAGCAAGUCUUAUCAUUACUCACAGAACCGCAACUACAAUAAAAGAAACCGACAUCAUGACCACUAAAGCUAUCGUAUUCGUCGAGAAGGGCAAGGCCACUAUCCAGGAGGUGCCGAAGCCCAAGCUCCGAGACGAUUAUAUCCUCGUCAAGGUCAAUGCCGUUGGCUUGAACCCUACCGACUGGAAGCAUAUCGACUUUGGCCUAACUAAAGCUGGUUCUAGGAUCGGAUGUGACUACGCUGGCAUCGUCGAGGAAGUUGGCCCCAAGGUCACCAAGCCUUUCAAGAAGGGCGACCGGAUCAGCGGUGUAGUCCAUGGAGCUGAUGCAACCCAGCUCGAGAACGGAGGCUUUGCCGAGUACAUCGUGGCAAAGGGAGACGUUCAAAUCAAGACGCCCGAUAAUGUUACUGACGAGGAGGCUGCUACUCUCGGCAUCUCUAUUGCCACAGUAGGCCAGGGCCUUUACAAGACUCUAGGACUGCCUCUCCCCACCGAGGGUAAGAAGAGCGACGAGUUUAUUCUCAUUUACGGCGGUAGCACUGCAACUGGUAUCUAUGGUAUCCAGUUCGCCAAACUUUCGGGGCUGAGGGUCAUCGCGACAGCUUCUCCUCACAACUUCGACUAUCUCAAGUCCCUCGGAGCUGAGGCAGUCUUUGAUUACAAGUCGCCCAAUGUCGCUGAGGAAAUUCGCAAGUACACCAACAAUACCCUCAAGCUCGCCUGGGACUGCACCGCCCAAGGUGUCGCCAUCAGCGCUGGAGCUAUCAGCACCGAAGGUGGCAAGUACGCUACUCUUCUGCCAGUCGAGAAGCAACAGUUGCUCGAUGUGAACCCUAAGAUUGAUGGACCUUAUGUCACGCUUAUGUAUUCCAUCUUUGGCGAGCGAUUCUUCAAGGGGCAGGAGACUCCUGCUCAGCCUGAGGAGUUUGAGUUUGCGAAGAAGUUCUGGGAGAUUAGCCGACAGCUGCUUGAGGAGGGUAAGCUGAAGGCUCCUCAAACGUUUGUCAACCGUGGCGGUAGUGGUUUUGAGGGUAUUUUGAAGGGUCUGGAUGAAUUGAGAGCGAACAAGGUUUCUGGAGGAAAGCUGGUGUAUACUCUGUGAGAUGUGCAUUGAAGAAGUAUGGAAGCAUUAGAAGGAUGAGACAUUAAUAUGCGCCUUGCAUGAACGAGAGUUAUUGGCUACUCUCUUUGCAUGUUGUGGCUAUAUACCUAAACUUUAAUCUAAUUACCUCGAGGUGAUGCAUAAAUGAAGCAAUAAUGUCAAAAAGCCAUCCAAAACUCUAUGCCUAGGUAAUAAGACAAGUAAGGGGG